AUGGGAAGACGCUGUCUCUUCCUCGUCGCAAUCGUCUUGGUCUUCCUCUUCUCCUCAUCCGUUGACGCCUGCGACCGAUGUCUUCACCGCUCUAAGGCUUCUUCUUUCUCCUCUGCCUCUGCUCUCUCCUCCGGAGCUUGUGCCUAUGGUUCUUUGGCCACGGGUUUCUUCGCCGGUCACAUUGCUGCCGCCGUUCCUUCCCUCUUCAAAGACGGCGCCGGCUGCGGUUCUUGCUUCCAGGUCCGAUGCACCAACCCGGCUCUGUGCAGCACCAAAGGCACCACCGUCAUGGUCACCGACCUCAACAAGAGCAACCACACCGAUCUCGUCCUCAGCAGCAGAGCCUUCAGGGCCAUGGCCAAGCCUCUUCUCGGCGCUGACAGAGAUCUUCUCAAGCAAGGCCUUGUCGACAUUGAAUACCAGAGAGUGCCUUGCGACUUCGGAAACAAGAAGACGAUGAUGGUGAGAGUGGAAGAAUCAAGCAAAAAGCCAAAUGAUUUGGCGAUAAAGCUCUUGUUCCAAGGAGGCCAAACCGAAGUGGUAGCCAUCGACAUUGCUCAGGUUGGUUCCUCACACUGGAGUUACAUGACCAGAAGCCACGGCGCCGUCUGGUUCACCGACAAAGUGCCCACGGGAGCUCUUCAGUUCAGGUUUGUGGUGACUUCUGGCUACGACGGCAAAAUGCUCCGGUCGGAGAGGCUUCUCCCGGCCAACUGGGAAGCUGGCAAGACCUACGACGCCGGCCUUCAGAUCACCGACAUUGCACAGGAAGGUUGUUAUCCAUGCGACGAUCACAUCUGGAAAUGA